AUGGGGCGCCCAAAGGGUGGCGCCGCUUCCUCCUCCUCGAAGAAGCCGAAGCCGAAGCAGAAACAGCGAGGCGGCGUCGACUUCAAGAAGUACAAGCAUAAGGUCGGGCGCAAGCUUCCGCCGCCGAAGAAUGCCACCAACACGGAGAUCAAGUCCAAAGCUAUCGUGCUGCCGGAGCAGAGCAUGGCCUCGGAGAGGAUGGGCAUGGCAGUGAACAAGCGCGGGCUCACGCUGCGGGAGCUCCUGCAGCAGACAGGGCACUACAAUGCCAAUGUGCGUCGAGCUGCACUGAAUGGAAUAAAGGACAUUAUUGUCAAGCACCCAACAGAGCUUAAACUGCACAAGGUUGCUAUAAUUGAGAAGCUUCAGGAAAGGAUAUGCGAUACCGACAAGGUGGUCCGUGAAUCACUAUACAAUGUACUGCAGUCUCUGAUCUUCCCAUCUUUGAAAGAGGAUAAUGCUAUAUCUAUGCGGAGUACACUGUUUUUGCUGAUGGCUAAUAUUCUGAAUGGAACGACCCAUCUCUCUGUGGAUAUCCAGUUAAUGGCUUUCAGAUUUUUGGAGCUUGUGGUUCUUAAUUUCCCAUCAUCCUUUUCUAGUUAUGCUGAACAGACCUUCAACAACUUUGUUGCCGUACUGAGCAAUGACAGAAUCAACCUACAUGAUAGGAAUAAACUUAACAGUGUCCUUAGUGGGCUUGGGCACUGCAUUUCCUUGGUUGCUAAAGCGAUAGAAAAUGAUGAUACAUCAAAUCAACAGGCUCAUAACCUCUCUGCAAGGGAACUUUGGAAAUUUACCACUGAUGAAGACAGCGCAGGAGGGGCAUUUUCAAUGUCCAAUUUAUUAGUGAAGCUUCAGAACCUUGUCCAGAUCCUCAUUAAUUCUGUAGAGGUUUCAGCUUCAGAUCUCUGUGCAAAGUCAGCUCUUGAUGCUCAGUCAAGUGAAGCGUUGCUAUCAGCCCUUCAUUGUCUGGAUCUAAUAUGUAGGAUAUUUGUUCAUGAGGUGAAGAAACCUCAGUUGAAAUUCCCCAUAUCCAAAACUCAGUGUGGGCCUGACUGGUUGAGAAGUUCCUUACUGGUACAUCUAAAGAAUUUAUGGGGAGUGAAGCGUUUGUUUCAUGGAAAGGGAGACGACAAAUUUUUCAUUUUCAAUUUAAGGAUUGCUGAAAUAUUUCUGCGCUCGAAUGUAUGGAUAGAUAACACUGUGUUUUCAGCUGAAGAAUUCUGCCUUUUUGUGUCUUCUCUGUUCGCAAAGGCAAAAACACUUCGCAAUAAGGAUCUCAUCGAGAUGUAUUUGAGCCCACUUAUAACUUGCAUUCCAGGUCUUAUAUCCAAUGCCCCAGAUGACUCAAAAGGCUAUUUGUUGGAGGCAUUUACGGACUCAUUUAGAGAUUGCAAAGUGGAUUGCAAGCUAAUGUUGCCAUAUUUGGAUGCAGUUGGAGAAAUGCUGCUUCCUGAGAAAACAGGCAUAUGGCUUGCUGAAAAUGAUUCAGGUGUGUUGGGCUAUCAUGACGCAUGGAUACAGGAGCUACCUGGAAUUUUGCUACAAUCAAUUGAUAAAGCCCCCUUAGUUACAAAGGUUGCUUUGGAGCUUCUUCUAAGAAUUGGGCAAUACUUCCCCACAGUGGACUGUGGAAGCCUGCGCCCCUUCAUAAAGUUAUUUGGUGUUGAAUCAUUACCAGGAACUAUGGAUCUUGGUCCUUUUGUUAAACUUCCUCGUGAUUGCCAAGAAUUUGCCAUUUCAUGCCUUUAUUAUUUCCCCAGUCUGCUCCCUGACAUUGUUGGGCCAUUGGCCUCAGCUUGCUUAAGUGAUGUGCUGGAACCCACCAUACUGUUCAGGGUCAUUGAGGUCCUACAGUCAACAUACAAGGCUGGUAGUUUACAUAUAACAGAGCAACUCAGUUUCUUGUUGCUGCUAAUGGCAAGAUUCAGAGUUCAUCCUGGGGACUUAGUUACUCUGGAGGGUUCUAGCAAGGUCUCAAAUUGGGAUACUUUCAAGUCGUUGAAUCACCUAAUUUUGACUUCCCUAUCUGAAAUGGGCGAUGGCUCUCUGGUCCUUGAAUUGAUAUGGAAUAACUUAUCUAAUGCAAUUGCUCAAAAACCAUCGUUGCAUAACAUGAAUGGUUUGUUUAGAAUUAUUGUUACACUUGAUGCUGGAACUAGUAAGCUCAUGAAUGGAGAUGUUGUAAAGCUUAUAGCUGGUUACUUGGUUGAUGCAUCUUUGGAUCUGUCUAAAACCAUUCAAUUUGGUUUUCAACCCGAUAAGACAAGACUAUUUCAGUACUUUAUCAAGCCAUGCACCAUCAUGUUUGACAAGAAUGACAAGGUUCUUUGCAGCACAUUGGAGAUACUCAAAUCUUUUGUAACAGGAGAUGAUCAUCUACUUUCAUCUCUCUCCAACUUAAACUACCCAGGAGAGCUGUCAUGUAGAGUUUGUGUUGUCACAACCAUACUCAUUUUCUUAUGCAAUGACCAGAAACUCCAUAGGAAUCUUUCUCAUGGCAAAUCUGUUAUUAAAGGCAUCCUGGAAUAUAUAAGGCAUCAGCUGGAUUCUAGUGUGCCUGAUGUAACACAUGCAGAAAAACAAAAGUUAAAAUCUGCUUUUGAGCAACUCAAGACCAAAGCGUUGCAGUUGAAUUGCUGGGCUAGAAGUGAGCUUGAGGGGCUUUCAAGUGCUACAUGA